AGUGUUGGCAAACGGUGCUGCCACCUUCACGUGGCCUUGCCAGAUUGUCGCGCGCAGAAGUCCAGCUGUCAGAGUAGUUGCACACAAACAAAAACCAGCUGAUGCGCAUCAUUUUCACAAAUCAAAGACCUUUAAUGAAAUUAUAGUGAAAUUAAGUGCUUAAACAAGCAAAAUAUAGUAUCAUAAACUAAAACCAACCUAAGGAAUUAUGCUCCAUUGAUUGCACACCAUCGCACACCCGCAUACACCCGUGCAGACACAGAAAAAGAUAAAACCGUGAGAGAUAAGCGGUCCCAAGGUGCCAAACAUGCUGUCCUACAUCAAGCGUAAGCUCUCCGAAUCGGACAGCGGCAGCGUCAGUGCGAGCACAGCCGUGACGUCGUCAUCGUGCGGCGGUACAAGUGGCAGCGGUAGCGGCAUCAGUGCCAGCGGCAGCAACAGCAGCGGCAGUAUCAGCAGCAGCGGCGGACGCGGGAACUCUGCCGACGAGUUAGUGCGCAAAACGAGCCAGAUGUCGAUGGAUGAUGAGGCCAUUGCCUUCGGAGAGGAUGCGCUGCUCCACGAGCUGGGCUACAGGAAUGCCACAGACCUGCAGGAGACCAUAUACGAUCUGUUGCGAGGGAUUCGCGAUCCGGAGAAGCCGUGCACGCUGGAGGAUCUGAAUGUAAUUUACGAGGAGGGGAUCUUCGUGAUGCCCCCCACGCGCUCGAAUGUCUCUGUGGUGCGCAUCGAAUUCAACCCCACAGUGCCCCAUUGCUCCCUGGCCACUUUAAUUGGACUCUGCAUACGCGUGAAAGUGGAACGUGGUCUGCCGCACAACAUCAAACUGGAUAUAUACAUCAAGAAGGGAGCCCAUCAAACAGAGGAAGAAAUCAACAAGCAAAUUAAUGACAAGGAACGCAUAGCUGCGGCCAUGGAGAAUCCCAAUCUGCGGGAACUGGUCGAGAAUUGCAUCAAAGAUGAGGAGUAGCUUUACCUCACUCUCGAUUUUUGUGUGUAUAUAGGGAUUUAUAAGGAAUGUCUAGGGUUAAGUCUAACAAUAAGUUGCCUAAUGGACUGUGUGCAUAGCAUUAAAGCCCUUCAAAUCUGUUAAUCGCCCGGUGCUUGCUGCGGCGUGAUUCUA